AGAGCAGCAUGUGAGCAGGACUCAAAGGAAACAGAGCAAUCACAGUCACUGCAAUCUGUUAAAAAAUACUUAGUCCAAGAUGAAACCAGAAACAUUUGAGACCCAUAGCUCUCUGACUGAUCUAAGCUGCGAGGUGAAAGAGGACAACAGAGCUCGUAGGGAGCGCUAUUCUGCAGAAUGGUUGGAUGCAUCAAUUUACAGCAGACCAGAAGAGAGAUGCAGUGCCCGUGAUGCUGAUGUCCAGAGAAGGGAAAGCUUCAGACAACAGGGUCAGACACAAUUCCUGGUCCAGCGUUCCCCAGCCCAGAUCAUGAAAAUGGGUCGCCUAGGUCAACACUAUACCAUAUACAACUUGCCAUACCAGCAAAUGUUGCCCUUGCCCAUCUUCAAGCUAGCCGAUCUCACUACUAAGAUCGACCGUAUGGCAACACCACCUCAGCUACGCAGCAUGAUUGACUUUGAGAGGGCCCUCUCAAACCCUGGCAGUGAUGGCAUAUGCCAAGACAAGACCCCAGUCUCCAAAAUCACCAAAGAGCUCCCUCCAGUGAUGCAGCCGGCACGCAUGGAGUUUGCCAAGCCUGGGCUGGCCAAUUCCUUCUCCAGGUCUGUGUCUCAGGAGGCACAGAGAGGCUAAUAAACAAGGAUGGAAUGAGACAGCACUGUGUACCAGCUCAUCUACUGUAUAUUUUUGUCUUUGAAAGGCCAAGUUAGAAUGCAGUGUGUGUCUGCAUAUUGUUUGCACUAGUUUUUCACUUACUGAGGUGGUGCCCAAUAGCAAUCCAUCAAUCAGCAAAUACAUUUAGGAAGUUAAAACUACGUGUUGAAUCCACAACCACACCAUAAUUGUCUCUGACUUCAUUUAGACCCACAUUAAAAAGCCUUCUAAGCAAAAUAGAUUUAAUUCCAAAGUCAUGACA